CCGUAUAAUCGCUUUCACCUUUACUAAUAAAUUUUAUACAAGUAUAUAAUCUAUUUCAGUAGGAUUGUUAAUACCAGACGACUUUCGUCUGGUAUUAAACGAGUGGUAUAAAACGAGUGAUUGAUUUGUAACACUUCACAGUUGUGCUCUUGAGAGCAAGUGAUGGAAGUAAACAUGAAGCUAAAGACAGAUCUGCUGGUGCAUCCAUCCGCGGAGCUUUCAGAGAAGAUCCGGAUAGAACUGAAAGAGGAUGUCACUACCAGGGACCGAGACCUGGCAGCGAUAAAGGACUGGCUGCGGAAGGAACCACAUUUACCUAACGAGUGGGAGGACAAUCCCCUAAUGACCUUCCUACGAGGCAGCAGCUUUUCCCUGGAGAAGUGCAAACGCAAACUGGACAUGUACUUCACAAUGAGAGCCGCUUGUCCAGAGUUCUUCACCAACCGCGACGCGAACAGCCCUGACCUAAGAGAAGUCUUGAAAAACAAACUACAAGGACCUCCGCUGCCCGGUCUGACGCCGAAUGGAAGAAGAGUUACUAUUUGCAGAGGUCUCUAUCCCGGACUCGAUUCCAAACAAAUAACAGACACUUUCAAGCUGGCUCUCAUGAUUGGUGACAUACGACUAGUGGAGGAAGUAGUCGGUGUUGCUGGCGACAUCUACGUCUUGGACGGAGCUGUGCUCGGACCAAGUCUGCUGGCCAAACUGUCUCCGUCGGUUAUAAAGAAAUUUAUGAUCUGUGUGCAGGAAGCCUACCCUGUAAAAUUGAAGGAAGUUCACAUCAUCAACACUUCGCCCGUAGUUGAGAGAUUCGUCAACUUUGUGAAGCCUUUCCUAAAGGAGAAAAUUAGGAAACGGAUUUUCAUUCACAAGGAGUUGAAGGACUUAUACAAAUACAUUCCUCAAGAAAUGUUGCCAAAUGAAUACGGCGGUCAAUGUGGAUCAAUGGAUGAACUACAAGCUAAAUGGACCCAAAAGCUGAUAGAAUACAGGGAGUGGUUCAAAAUGCAGGACUCGCUGAUCGCUAACGAAAGCCUUCGACCAGGAAAGCCUACAAACUAUGAUGAACUAUUUGGUAUCGACGGGUCUUUCAGACAAUUAGCCAUCGAUUGAUAUUGUAAACUUUGUCUUGUAUAAAAUGGAACGUCAAUGAAACUAUUAUACCAGGGAAUUAAAGUACGUCGAUGCAAUUAAUACUAUCAUUGAAAACUUUUGCUAACAAUUUUAAAGUAUUGACCAAAGUUCACCGAUACACGUUUAACGUAGCGUUUACGAUGUAGCAGUGUCUUCUUAUAAAAUCUGUGAGGAAUUAGCUCUAGGUAAACAAUAUUUUAAACAAAUACUUCCUUAUUAUUGCUUUUGAAGAUACGAUGUUUUUUAUGCAAAUGUAGACAUGUUGGUAAAAAAAUUAUAAAACAUAUCAACUUAAAUACUUAUUUCAGUUUUGUGCAAACCUUGGAAAGCAACCUUGGAUUUGCACAAACUGCUUUAAUGUAAUUUUUAGUAAUGAUAAAAAAACUGUUCCUAAUGACGGCGAUUCAUUUUAUACUAGGCAAAGCUAAUCGCUUAGAUUUCUUCAAUCAUUUAUAUGGUUUGUGAUUUAGUGUAUAUUCGAUUGGUUAAAUUUAUUAUGUAUGUGAUAUUUGUUACAUAGAGGCAAUAAUUUUAUCUGAAGUCUCAUGUAACUUACCUAGGUUAUAAAUUGUAGUUGCUAUUUUAUAAGUGGGGUAAAUUUAAAACAAUUAUAGAUUCACGAAACCCUGAAAUUUAAAAAGAAUACAAUUCUUCCAUUUUCAAAUCCUCUUAAAUAAAACCCCUGUUCCUUCCUUUCAAAAAGUUUGGCUUUUGCUUCUACAGUUCCCAUUAGCUUUAUCAGAACCCAUCUCAAUACCAAACUAUUAUGGAAAACUCAUGUCGAUAAAAUCCACGUUCAAUAAAAUAUUUAUGUGAUCUUGGAAAAAGUACAGUCAGCAAAAAAUAUAGCAAAAAAGCUAAAUCCCCCUUCCAGAUUCCUUUCAUUUCUUUCACCUCUAAUUUCCUUACUCUCUUUUAUCCCUAUCUUGUCCUAUCCUCCCAAUCCUCAUCCCCUCUGACCUUCCCUUAUAGGUUUCUGUAUUAUUACAUUUUCCUUACUCCAAGAGAAAAGUAGUGAUACAGAGGCAGCCCCUCCUUUUCCCAUUACCACCGUGUUUCAGAUAAUGCAUGAAAAUUAAAAAAAAAAAUUUAAAUUUAUUUUUUUAAAGUUCUUAGAGGGUUUUAUGUAAUUAGUUUUUAAUAUCAUAAGGAAAUUUAUAUGAAUGUCAUUAAAUAACAGUGCUCCAACAGUUGAAUUAAACCAAAAUACGUUGAACAUCUGAUAAUUACAUAGAAUCUACAAUAAAUACAAUUAUUACGGAGGGAAAAACUGUUUCUAUGAAUUAUAAUAAGCACUUAACUUUAAGACGGUAUUAUGAACUUUGUUAGCAUAGAACGAUUAUAUUUUGAUAAUAAAUCUUGAAAUAUUAA